AUGCGGUUACUAAUCCUAGCUCUUUUUGCUUUUUCAGUAAGUUCCUACAGUCUUUCUCAAGUAGAACAGAUUCUCAAUGUAAUCUUUUGCAGACUGUAAAUGGCUUAAUCAUAAAUAAUACUAACAAAACCUGCGACGCUCAUUCGGAAUUUGAUUGUAAUGGCGACGGGAAAAAGUGUGUUCCACUGGAUUGGAAAUGCGAUCAUGUUGAGGAUUGUGAGAACGGAAGAGAUGAACGCAAUUGCAACUACAUCCACGAAUGUCCACCCGGUUUAAUGGCUUGCGGUUCUGGCGAAUGUGUUGCCCACGAAUUCAAAUGCGAUGGUGAUCAAGAUUGUUCGGACGGAGCCGAUGAACGACAUUGUCAAGAAUCGGAAUCGCAUUUUAUUAAUAUGCUGCAAGUUCGACAUCACGCAAUGAUUGAACAUUUCCGACGAUUCGAAGAUCGCUGUGAUUCGCCACGUUUCAAGUGCAAAAGUGGACAAUGUAUUAGUCGGGAUUUGGUUUGCGAUGAUUCGGAAGAUUGUUUGGAUGGAGAUGAUGAAGCUGGAUGUUUUAUUCCACAUCAUCAAAUGUUCUUUUCUCUUUCAAAUGCUUCAAAGCCAGAAGAAGAUAAGAAGGUUAGCGCGGAUGAAUGGAGACUGAAUCGCGAGCUUCCGCAUAGCUGUUACGCGGAAGCUUGCGGAAUCUCAACUGUGGAUAUAAGCUAUGACGUGGCAAUUUUCAAGAACUUCACAAAGCAAUUUCUUCCUUUUAGUAUUUUUGAAGAAAGAAAUUGAUCUGUGAAGUUUUUGAAAAUUGCCACGUCAUAGCUCUUACCCAAGAGUAGCACUUUUUCACCUCUACAAUUUCAAACCAGCUGGGUUUCUAAUGAUAAAAGUAGUAGAAAAACCCUAUCCGGAGCUUAAAACUUCCCAUAAACCAAAAUUAUUCCAGGAAAAAGAACCUCACUGUCAAUCUGGCUACAUCGCAUGUCCUGACAGCUCAAUUUGCCUUCCAACUAUCUUUAUGUGCGACGGCGAAGAAGAUUGCGAAGAUGGAAGCGAUGAGAAGAAUUGCAAUAUCGAUGAUCAUCUUGACGAAGAAGACUUUAUGACUGGCAAUAUUGAAAUCAUUCAAAAUUGCACAGCUCAAGGCAAAUUCCAUUGUCAAGCAGUCGAUGGUCAAUUACCCACGUGUAUUCCAAUGAAUGCCACGUGUAAUGGUAUUCGAGAAUGUCCGAAUGGCGAUGAUGAAUCGAUGAAAUGUUCGGAAUGUUCGACAAAACAUUGUGAUCAUAGUUGUCUGAAUUCUCCACACGGUGCUAGAUGUGUUUGUCAAGAAGGCUACAAAUUGGAUUCGGAUGGUUUGACGUGCGUGGAUGAGGAUGAAUGUGCAAUCAGUGGACACAAUUUAUGCGCGCAUUUUUGCGAAGAUCGAAUCGGUAAAUAUGUUUGUCGAUGCGAUUCGGGUUAUACGUUGGACGCGGAAGACGGACAUACGUGUCGAUUGACACGCGGAAGCCACGACGGUCGAUUGUUGGUGAGCAUUGGCUCGGAAAUUCGACAAAUGGCACUGCAAGACGCGCAAGGAACGUAUACGACGGUUCAACGUGUCAGCGGGCAUGGCGCAUCGAAAUCUAUCGAUUAUUUGCAGAAAAUUGAUAAGAUUUUUAUGGCUAUUGCGCAUCAGAAUGAGCCGCAAGAUGGAGAAUUGGUAGGGGAUUGAGAAGGGGGACUAGAAAUUUUGAAAAAAUUUGAUUUUUAGGCCGUCGCCGAUAAGGGAGUUUUGCGAGUUCUUCGCGAAAAAGUCGCUGGAAUUGGACAUAUUGCUGUUGAUUGGAUUGGAAACAAUGUUUUCUUCACACAAAAAGGUAGCUAUGACGUGGCUUAGAUUUUCUAUGUUUUGACCCUUUGAAAAUCGGGAAUUUUUCGAAAAAUCGAAUUUUGAGACCGAAAAUAUCGCGAGAAUUUUCGAGUUGAAAAUUUUCUGAUUUUUUGAGCUUCUGAAUUUCAAGUUUCAAUAGCUUUUAGAUUUUCGCUUGAAAAAUUAUCAAUUUCUGCUUCAAAAAUUGAAGAAUCUGCUGAAAAAGCCUAAAAAUCUGCCAAUUUUCGGUCAAAUAAUAGUCAAGUUUAAUUUUCUACCGUUUCUAAAAAUGACUGAAAAUCUUCAGAUUUUCUGCUUGAAAAUCUGAAAUUCACAAAUUCUCCUUCAAAAAAUUGGAGAAUUUCAUUUUUUUUGUUGUUGAAAAUUUGGAAAAUCUAGAAAUCUUCAAUUUAAAAAUUCUACAAAUCCUCAAAAUCUUCAGAUUUUUGUCUAUAAAUAGUUCGAAGCUAGAAUCUCAAAUUCCAAAUCACAAUAUCCUUUUCCAUCCAAAAAAAUUCGAAUUUAAUUCCAGCCCCCGCCAAACACAUCGGUAUCACCGUCUGCCGCAUCGACGGACUUUUCUGUCGCUGGAUUCUCCAAGGCCGCGAAGCUCCCCAAACCUCCUCAACCCUUUUCGGCGUCUCCACAGCCCAACAAAACUAUCGCGGUCUCGCCGUCCAUCCACUUCGUGGUCUUUUAGUCUGGAUCGACUCAUUUAUGGGUCACAACAAAAUCAUGGCUGCUAAUAUGGAUGGAACCGAUGUUCGUGUGAUCGUCGAAAACAAGCUCGAAUAUCCCUCCGGUUUGGCAAUCGAUUAUAUUCGACACGAUGUGUAUUUUGGUGAUGUUGAGAUGAAGAUAAUUGAACGAGUGAAUUUGGAUAGCAAACAUCGGAGUGUUGUUGUCUCGCAAGGUGUUCAUCAUCCAUUUGAUUUGGCUGUUUUCAAUGGUUUUGUUUAUUGGUCGGAUUGGGGAAGUGAAUCAUUAAAGGCGCAUCAAAUUGCACAUCAUCACGAUCAUUCAACAACUCAAACUCUUCAUUCAUACAAUCGUUUUCCAUAUGGUCUUGCUGUCAAUCAUUCAAUGUAUCAACCACAAUCCACCUCAAAUCCUUGUCAAUUUUUGAAUUGUCCAUGGAUUUGUGUCAUUGUUGAAUCUCAACCAAAUAUCGCUUCUGCUAAAUGCAUUUGCCCGGAUGCAUAUAAACAUUCGAUUUUGGACAACACUUGUGUUCCACCGAAUGAGCAAGAAAGAAUGGAGAUUGCUGGAAACCUUUCGCAUGUUAGCGCUGCUUUGAUGGCCGAAUAUUGUGAUGCUGGUGUGGCGUGUAAAAAUGGUGGAAAAUGUGAGCAUUUGAAGAAUGAGCACGGAAGAGUUCAUCAAAUUCAAUGUCAAUGUCCCGAACCGUUUGAUGGCGAAUUUUGUGAGCGAUUCAAUCCGGAAUUGGACAAAUUGUUGAGGGAACGAGAGGCGACUGGCGCAUUGUGGGCACUUGUUUUGAUUGCAUUGCUCAUUGUUGCAUUUGUCGCGAUUGUUUUGUAUUUGGUGUGUGUUCAACGGUGAGUUUUUUGAAGGGAUUUUUUACCGGGAAAAAUACGUUUCAAGAAAUUGCUUCAUUUCAAUUUCACUUUUAUUUUUUUGAUACUGGGGUUUCAAAAAAUUGCUUUAUUUCAAUUUAAAUUUCAUAUUGAUUUUGCGAUAAAUUUUUGAUAUUCGGAAAAUUCAAAUAUAAUGACUAAGCUAAGCGAUGCUCUGAAAUCUAAAGAAUUUCAAAAAUCGCUAAAUUUUAAUCAUUUUUUGACUGAAAAUAUUUUCCCGGAAAAAUACGUUUCAAGAAAUUUUUAAUUUCAAUUUCAGUUUUAUUUUUUGAUGUUGCAGUUGUCUGCUUGCAAAUCGAAUAAAAAUCAACUAAUUUGAGCAAUGCUCUAAAAUCGUCUGAAUCUUAAAAAUUCCUGAAAAUUCUUCCCUGCAAAUUUGGGAGCAAAUCCUACAGAAUUUUUCGAUGGAAAAUUCCUGCACCAAAUACGUUUCAGAAAUUCAAUAUUUUCGGAAUUUCUAACCAAAUUCAUUCACUUAUUGAUUCAUAAAUUAAAAUAUGUUGAAUUUCAGCGAAGCCACAUUGGACGCAAUCACUUGUGCUCGAAUCCGCGUCGAUAACAUGGCUCGAAGCGCCGAAUCCGCUGCCGGACCCAUCGUCAACAAGGUCAAAAACAUUGCCGGAAUCGGUGGUGGCGCCGAAAAAUCGCCGCGCGCCGGAAUCUAUCAGACAAAUGUGAAUUUCGUCGACGAGACUCAUCAAGAUCAGCAGCUGCCACGUGGCGAUCAACAAAGACAACUAUUCAUGGAUUCGCCGUCUUCAUUCCGCAAUCCGAUCUACGACGAAGUUCCCGCCACCGCAACCUAUACACAAAUCGGCACGGAAUCUUCCGGAGCGUCUCCAAUUUCCGGAAGCGGUGUGAUUCGUUUCAAUAGUGAUGGUCUAUUCUAA